CAAACUACAUGUUGUCGAAAAAUAAAACACCGGUCAGCUGGACUCCGUACACAAUUGGCAAAAUGUUGAAAUUUAUCGAAAUUGCUGCAAAUUAACAAUAAUUACGCAACUUUAGCAAAGCAACGAACCCCCCUCGGCGGCAACAUACCACUGCCCAAUUAGUUUUCCCGCCGGUGGCGUGUGUACACACUGGGGCCACCAAAUGCAGCGCCUGACGAAAUCGUUACGUUCACUUCCAUUUCCCGCGGGAAAGAUCCUGCGAACCCAAUUGGUGGUCAGAAGGGAGUACUCCUCGGAAAUACCGGAUCCCGUUGAACUAAGCUUCGAUUCGUACACCGGCGAGAAUCCAGAGACGAGUCCACCACUGCUCACAUAUCAUGGACUCUUUGGUUCCAAGCAAAAUUGGCGAGGAAUUAGCAAGGCUCUGGUGCGAAAAGUUUCCCGAAAGGUGUACGCCAUCGAUGUGAGGAAUCAUGGCGAGAGUCCACAUUCGAGUGUCCACAAUUCCAAAGCGAUGAGCGAGGAUUUGCGUUUGUUUAUGGAGCAGCGCAGUCAUCCGAAUGCCGCCUGCAUGGGUCACAGCAUGGGCGGCAGGUCCAUGAUGUACUUCGCUCGAAAAUAUCCCGAGUUGGUGGAACGUUUGAUAGUGGUGGACAUAUCGCCAAUUAGCGUGCCCCGUUCCACGGGCGAGAUGACGGAAAUUUUCGACGCGAUGGUCUCCCUGGACCUUUCGCCAAGCAUGUCCAUGUCUGAGGGCAGGAAAAUUGCACGGGAAAAACUACUGAAAGCCACCGAAGACGAGACCGUUGACUUUAUCAUGCUGAAUCUCCGAAAAAAUCCUGACACCGGCGCUUUCUCUUGGGCCUGCAAUGCCCAUGUUCUUCGUGAAUUCCUCACCCGCUUCGACAAAUAUCAGAGUAAUUUGGAGGAACUGCCGCCGUACACGGGACCCACUACGUUCAUUUGCGGCACGCGAUCACCUUACAUGAGACGCGAGCAAUGGCCACAGAUACAGAAAAUGUUUCCCAAUUCUGAGAUCCACUGGCUGGAUGCCGGACAUUUAGUGCACUUUGAAAAGCCGCAGGAGUUUCUAACAAUAGUCAGCGAGUUCCUGAAUAGAACUGAGUAGACCAAAUUUUGAUAUUUUAACCAAAUGUACAAAGAAGUCAAUCGCGUAGAUCGACUUUAGCUAAAUUG